GCUUUAAACAAUUGUAAACAAACUAUAUACAUACCUAUUUAAAAGGCUUUAAAAGCUUUAAAGCUAAAAACAAAAACGAAUAAGUCAAGAGAGCAUUUUGUUGUCAGGUUACUUAAGAGCCAAAAUCAACCGAUAAUAAUUUCACCAAGCGAAAUGUUUUUUUACACAAAAGCUUUAUACAAAGCUUUCAUAAAUCUAGUUUAUUUGGGACGUACCAUCAAAGUUAGAAAGUAGUCUAAGAAGUAGAACCAUAAGAGCAACAUCAUGGCCGAGGGUAGUUUCCACGCCGAAGAGUUAAAUACGCCAGAGUGGCUAAAUGAGCAGUUUAUAACUGAAGUUUUAAGUGAUUACGAAAAGGAACCAAGCCUUAAGGUCACCAAUUUGACUUUUACCCCCGCAAGUCCUAAAGGUGACCACUAUGCUAGCAUUAUGUUUCGUGCUUGGGUGGAAUACACCACCCAGAAUGGAAACUUUUCCAAAUCGCUGAUCAUCAAAACAAUGCCGGUGGAAGAGGGUAACAAAAAGGAUCUGUUUGAAAAUUCGCCUAUAUUCGAAACUGAGAUUGGAAUGUAUAGCAAGGUCCUGCCGGAGUGUGAGAGGAUUCUGCGGGAAGUGGGUGACGAGUCCAAGCUGUACGUGGACUGCAUCUACCACAGUCUGAGACCAAGACAGAUUAUAAUCUUUGAAGACCUCGUGGAGAUGGGAUACCUAGUGGUGCGCAAUCGUUGGCUCACGCAGGAGGAAAUUUGUAGUGCCUACUCCAAGCUGGCCAAAAUCCAUGCAAAUAGCAUGAAGAUGAUAAUGGAGCGACCCGAUUUCCUGAAGGACUUUAGGCACAGCAUGUACGAUAUACCUGCUUUUGUGGACGGUCCCAUUUUGAACGGCGGAAUGGGUCCCUUUUUGGAACUGUUGGGCCGCAUUCCUGAGCUGACAAAAUACCAGCCGCACUUCGAAAAGAUCAGACUUCACUUUAAAGAUAGAAUGAGGGAAAUUAUGCUAGGGUAUAGAAACAAUCCCCAGCCAGGAUUAUACGUUCUCUGCCAUGGCGAUUUCCACUCCCGAAAUAUGAUGUUCAAACACAAUAAGGAAACUGGAAGCCUUGAGGAUUGCAUGCUGCUUGAUUUCCAAGGCUGCAUUGUGGUUCCCAUGGCCGUUGAUCUUAUGUAUUCCAUUUACAUGUUGAUGGGGCCACAACAGCGAUCCGAUGAGUUGGAGACUCUGCUGAAUUACUACUUCUCAACCGUCGUAGAAACGCUCAAGAAGAUUGGUUAUCAGGGAGAAAUGCCCACUCUUUCUGCAUUUUGGUCGGAAAUGAAACGUUAUAGAUAUUACGAGUUCCUGUUGCUAAGCACCAUAUUCCCAAUGGCCGUGGGUUUAAGAGUCUAUUCCAUGGAUCUAGACGACCUGAUGUACAACGAAGAAACUCGUAACAAAGUUUAUCAACUAAAAGAAACUGUUGAGGGAACCAAAGCAAUGCUGGCCAGAUUUGAAAAAUCUGGAUAUUUUGAAGACCUAUGCGACAUCAUGGCCGAGGAUAGUUUCCAUGACGAAAAGUUGAAUACGCCAGAGUGGCUAAAUGAGCAGUUUAUAACUGAAGUUCUAAGUGAUUACGAAAAGGAACCAAGCCUUAAGGUCACCAAUUUGGUUUUUAGCCUCGAAAGUCCUAAAGGUGACCACUAUGCCAGCAUUAUGUUUCAUGCAAGGGUGGAAUAUACCACCCAGAAUGGAAACUUUUCCAGAUCGCUGAUCAUCAAAACAAUGCCGGUGGAAGAGGGUAACAAAAAGGAUAUGUUUGAAAAUUCGCCUAUAUUCGAAACUGAGAUUGGAAUGUAUAGCAAGGUCCUGCCGGAGUGUGAGAGGAUUCUGCGGGAAGUGGGUGACGAGUCCAAGCUGUACGUGGACUGCAUCUACCACAGUCUGAGACCAAGACAGAUUAUAAUCUUUGAAGACCUCGUGGAGAUGGGAUACCUAGUGGUGCGCAAUCGUUGGCUCACGCAGGAGGAAAUUUGUAGUGCCUACUCCAAGCUGGCCAAAAUCCAUGCAAAUAGCAUGAAGAUGAUAAUGGAGCGACCCGAUUUCCUGAAGGACUUUAGGCACAGCAUGUACGAUAUACCUGCUUUUGUGGACGGUCCCAUUUUGAACGGCGGAAUGGGUCCCUUUUUGGAACUGUUGGGCCGCAUUCCUGAGCUGACAAAAUACCAGCCGCACUUCGAAAAGAUCAGACUUCACUUUAAAGAUAGAAUGAGGGAAAUUAUGCUAGGGUAUAGAAACAAUCCCCAGCCAGGAUUAUACGUUCUCUGCCAUGGCGAUUUCCACUCCCGAAAUAUGAUGUUCAAACACAAUAAGGAAACUGGAAGCCUUGAGGAUUGCAUGCUGCUUGAUUUUCAAGGCUGCAUUGUGGUUCCCAUGGCCGUUGAUCUGAUGUAUUCCAUUUACAUGUUGAUGGGGCCACAACAGCGAUCCGAUGAGUUGGAGACUCUGCUGAAUUACUACUUCUCAACCGUCGUAGAAACGCUCAAGAAGAUUGGUUAUCAGGGAGAAAUGCCCACUCUUUCUGCAUUUUGGUCGGAAAUGAAACGCCAUAGAUAUUACGAGUUCCUGUUGCUAAGCACCAUAUUCCCAAUGGCCGUGGGUCUAAGAGUCUAUUCCAUGGAUCUAGAGGACCUGAUGUACAACGAAGAAACUCGUAACAAAGUUUAUCAACUAAAAGAAACUGUUGAGGAAACCAAAGUAAUGAUGGCUAGAUUUGAAAAAUCCGGAUAUUUUGAAGAUCUGUAACCCAUUAAUGGUAUUACUAGGCAAAUUAAAAAGUCAAAUAGUAUAAACGGAAUAUUUGGUACUGCUGGAAAUGUUAAAGAAUAC